CAGGUUUACAUUUGUAAAUUUGCAAUAAAUUUGUUUUAUGAAUACAGAGUAUGUUUAUAGUAAAAUAACAUCACCGCCUCUUUUACUUUAGACCACCACCAUGAAAUUUGUGGCCCUUGCACUUGCUCUCCUCCUGGCUGUUGGCUCUCAGGCUGCUUCACUGCAGUCUGAUCCACUUGUCGCGCUGCAAAAUGCUAGGGCUGUUGCACAGGUUCACAUAAACAAUGCGAAGGAAGGCAUACAUCGUGUCAUUGGACAUCUGGAUGGCACUGAAUACGCUGACAUUAAGGCAACUUUGACUGCUGCCGUGGACAACAUGUUUAACAAUCUUCAGUCAUUCCAGCAAAGUGCUGCACCCAUGACUGACAGCGUCGUCAGCACCAUCGCUGAUGCCACCGCUGAAAUGCGCGCCGGUAUUGAGAAGGAUAUUGAAGAUCUGAAGGAAACUAUUCAAGCCAACAGGCUGCGUGAAAUCCUUGAAAGCCACAUAAAUGACUACCAGACCAUGCUUAUGCCCCUGAUGCAGGAAUUGCAAGCGAGGCGUCAGGCAGAAAUGGAAGCCAUGAGUGACAAAAUCCAGGAGGCUAGAAAUUCACUGCGUGAAAAGUUUAACACCAAUUUGGAGGAGACCAAGAAUGCACUGUUACCCGUCAUUGAUCAACUGAAGGAAAAGCUUGGAAAGCACGUGGAGAUGGUGAAGACACAGGCUGGGCCAUACGUCAAUGAAUACGCUGAACAAAUGCAGGCGGCCGUCAACCAGGCACGGGGUGUAAGCGCAGCUGACGUAACAGCACUGAGAGAGAAGAUCAUGCCUCUUGGUGAAGAGAUUAUGGCUAAACUCAGGGAAAUUGCGCAGACCGUAGUUGCCUCGGUUAAUCAGAGCUAAACCUCGCUACCCUGCUGCUACAACUUCAGUCACCCACUUUCUUGUUCUUAGUCUAUUCCACCUUUCUCCCUGUUUUGUCUUUCCUCACACACAUUCAGCCCACCACCACAGAUGAAGCCAAAGCCUCACUAAAACAGUCUGGCAGUACUCUCUCUCUCUCUCUCUCUCUCUCUCUCUCUCUCUCUCUCUCUCUCUCUCUCUUUCCCCCAGUGCAAACACCUUACGUUAUGCACUCAAGCUCAAGCACAUGCAAGCAAAGACAUACACAGACACAUACAGCACACAAAGGCUUUAAACUUUGUCAGCCAUGGACAAGUCCUGUCUGUAUUUUGUGGUGAAACUGUAUGUGCAUUUUCUAAAGUGCCUGAACCUCUGUGUAAUGAUGCUUGUCUGAUGAAACCUGUGCUUUGAUGAAAUACAGCUCAAUAAACAUGUAACUGUUUAUACGACGUUGACACA